GUGAAGCAACCGGUUUUAAUGGGUGGGACCAUAAAACACCAUGUCUUAUAACUCUUAUUUCAGAUCAGUGUGACAGACGUAUAAAUUCUCCAUAUUACGCAAUUCUAGAUCUAUUCUAUUCUAUCAUGCGUUAAAAUUUUGCUUUGUGUUAUCCUAUCUACGCUCAUGGUUAUUCCAAUGUUAUUUAUUAUCGGUUAUGACAUGAAACAUCGCUGAACAAAUGUUUGCAGAAUGCCGAAUAUAUCCAUUUUGAAGGCUUGUAUAUUCUACUCAGCAAUUAUUACGAGGGUUAUCGAAGUCCAUCCAUAUAUACCAGCUGUAAAAGUAACAAAAUAUUCUCCGUUAUGGAAGUUGCGAGAGUCGAAGAAUUAUUUAAAAACAUCGGAGAUCCCGGACGAUUUCAACUGAUCUCGUAUUUUUGUUUGGUUACAAACAUGCUGUUCGUAGUAAGCAACCAUCUUAUAGCAGUAUUUUAUGCCGCAAAGACACCACAUCACUGCAAAUUAGGUGUUAAUGAAACCUUGCAGGAUUUUAUACCUGUUGUUGUGAGGGAUAAUAAAGAACACUUGGAUGAGUGUAGGAUGUACACUAUGAAUGGUAACAUGAAUGUCACAGAACCAUGUCGUGAUGGGUGGACAUACAAUUUGCAAGAUGGUGAGACCACCAUUAUCUCUGAGUUUGAUCUUGUUUGUGAUAAUGCAUAUAAAAGUGAACUAUCAACAACAGUGUACUUUGGUGGAGUUCUGGUUGGUUCCUUUAUUUAUGGGUUUCUUGCUGACAAGUAUGGUCGAAAGCCUGCCCUCGGAAUUGCUCUUCUAUCAGGAGGACUCUUAAGCUUCGCAAUAUUUAUAUUUCGAAAUUAUUAUGCUUUUGUUGUCCUCAGAUUUUUCCUUGGUAUUCAAACACAGGGCUCUAUGUUGGUGUCGUUCACCUUGGCGUUGGAGUUGUUCCAGACGAAGUAUCGUGCACGAGCUGGCGUAUUUUUUGGCAUUAUGGCGGUGAUUGGUGGCGUGGUGUUAGGAAUACUUGCAUACCUAAUACGAGACUGGAGAUACAUUCAACUAGCCCUCUCAUUCAUUCCGUUUAUUUUACUGCUUUUAUUGUGUUUUGUUCCUGAGUCACUUCGCUGGCUCAUUCUUCACAAAAAGUACGAUAAAGCAGAGCGUGUAGUUCGACGCAUAGUUAUGUUCAACAGGCUGCGGUGUCCUGAGGAAAUCCUGGCGGAAAUUAAAGAGAGUCGCGUACUGCAAGAUAACCGAGCGAAACGAAUCCGAAGACCAAGCGUUAUAGAACUCUUCAGAUCUCGAUCAUUACGAAAGAGAAGUUUAACUCUAAUUUUACUGUGGUGAGUAGUACGUAGUAAUGAAAAUUUCAGGUUCUGAUUGACUAUGCGGACAAUCUUGACUCCAU